UUGCGAACAAUUUCCGGGGUUUUUUGAUUUUGUUCUGUUUUUAGAUGGAAUUUGUUAUCUUAUGUCUCACUUACAUGGUUUUGACAAUUGCAGCUUUCGUUGUUAGUAUUUUUGUUACUUCAUGUUAUUUUAAGACUACGCAUCGAUCAAAACCUGCUGCUCUGGUUGUAAUUGCUCAUCCCGAUGAUGAAUGUAUGUUUUUUAGCCCUUGUCUCCAGUUUCUUGCGGUGCGGAACUUUGAGCUUCAUUGUUUAUGCCUUACCAAUGGAAACUACUACGGCAGGGGAGAUGUUAGAGAAAUUGAACUUGUAAAUAGCUUAUCUGUGUUUAAUUUUCCUCGGCAGAAUAUUUAUUGCCUCAAUUCAGACAGCUUUUUUGACGAUCCACACCAAAAUUGGAAUCCAUCAUCUGUGUCGGAGUCAGUGUUGCAUCACAUAAGAAACAUUCAAAAUUUGAAAAUUGUUGUUACAUUUGAUUCCUUGGGGGUGUCAGGGCAUUCGAAUCAUUGCGACAUUCGUCGAGCUGUUUCAAAUCUUCCCGCUGAAAUUAGAAAGAAAAUAGAGUUUUACGAGCUCGUGACGUGUUCAGUAGCUCGAAAAUAUAUUACAGUUUUGGAUUCUCUGUUCGCCUUAAUUAAUCUUUUUCUCAGAAGAACGGACAUAUUGAUAGUUGCUUUCCCUUGGAUUGGAUACAAAGCAAUGUUGCAGCAUAAAUCACAGCUUACUUGGUUUCGACUUCUGUAUAUAAUUUUUUCGAAAUAUAUGGUAAUCAAUGAGUUGAAGUUGAUAAAAUAGAGCCCUUUUCCUAUACUUUUGGCCGAAAUAAAUGCUGUUCUAAAA